UGAUCUCUCUGAGAAACCUUCGAUUUCCGAUUUUCGAUUUUCGAUUUUUUCUAAUUUGUGUCGAAAAGUUGGAAAUGAUUAAAAUGCUUGAAAGAUUCCAGUAAAUUGUGAGGAAAACGAUGGCGUAGAUCCCACUCAAUUCCCUAGAAAGGGAAAAAUUAAAAAAUUAAAAACCCUAAGAAGAAAAUAAAAAGAAAUAGAAAUUUUCUUAAACAUCAUUUCGAAACCCCACAGCCAAAUCGUAUAAAUAUAUAGGACAGCCUUGCAACCCAUAUAUAUGUGUGUAUAUAUUAUGUGUGCCAGUUCAUAGUUCAUUCUUUUUAAUAUCUGUUUUCCUCCUUAGUUCUUCCCCCAGAUCUCUCUCUCUCUCUUUCUUGAACUGCGCGAUAAAGAAGGUUCUUCUACUUGUAUAGAUUCAUCGAUUUUAGGCGAAUGGAAGCUUACCGAUUCAAUUGAAGUUGAUUUUGUUCAAAGCGGAGCAAAAUGGACGGUGCUGAUGGGACUGUGAGGCUUGGGGCUGUGAACUUGAAGCCGGAUCGGAGUGCGUUUGAUUUUGGCCCUGAUGUCUCUGUUUCGUCUCCGGUGACAAGGCAGAAAGCCGCUGCUGCUAAACAGUUCAUUGAGAAUCAUUACAAGAACUAUCUCCAAGGUCUUCAGGAUCGCAAAGACAGACGGAGAACGCUUCAACGAAGAGCGCAAGAAGCUCAGAUCUCGGCUGAAGAACAAGAAGAGAUGCUGAGGAACUUGGAACGCCGAGAAACAGAAUUUAUGAGACUGCAAAGACGAAAAGUUGGAAUCGAUGACUUUGAACAAUUAACUGUUAUCGGUAAAGGUGCAUUCGGCGAGGUUAGAUUGUGUCGUGCAAAAGGAACUGGGGAAAUUUUUGCUAUGAAGAAGCUGAAGAAAUCAGAGAUGCUUAGCCGUGGGCAGGUUGAGCAUGUUCGAUCUGAGAGGAAUUUACUUGCAGAGGUUGAUAGUCGGUGCAUUGUAAAACUCUUUUAUUCUUUUCAAGAUUCUGAAUUCUUAUACCUUAUUAUGGAGUAUUUACCUGGUGGUGACAUUAUGACAUUGCUAAUGAGAGAAGACAUUCUGUCAGAGGAUGUUGCUCGCUUUUACAUGGCAGAGAGCAUUUUAGCUAUUCAUUCAAUUCAUCAGCACAAUUAUAUACAUAGGGAUAUAAAACCAGAUAACCUGAUACUAGAUAAAAAUGGCCAUCUGAAGCUUUCAGAUUUUGGCUUGUGCAAGCCUCUGGAUGAUAAGUAUUCAAGUAUACUUUUAAAUGACGAAGACUUAAAUGCCCAGCAGGCCAGAAAUGAAGGUCAAGGUCAUACUGACUCGAACGGAUCCCAUUGGAUGAUGCCAAAAGAACAAAUUCAACAGUGGAAGCGUAAUCGUCGUGCAUUGGCAUUUUCAACAGUUGGGACCCUGGAUUAUAUGGCACCUGAAGUACUGCUUAAGAAAGGGUAUGGAAUGGAGUGUGAUUGGUGGUCCUUAGGGGCCAUUAUGUAUGAGAUGCUGGCUGGUUAUCCUCCUUUUUGUUCUGAUGAUCCAAGGAUGACUUUUCGCAAGAUAAUAAAUUGGAGAACUUGCCUGAAAUUUCCCGAGGAACCAAAAAUCUCGGAGGAAGCUAAGGACCUGAUCAGCCACUUGCUUUGUGAUGUUGAAACAAGGUUGGGAACACGAGGAGUAGAGGAAAUAAAGGCACAUCCAUGGUUCAAAGGCAUUCAGUGGGAUAAGCUGUAUGAAAUGGAAGCUGCAUACAAACCAACUGUCACUGGAGAACUAGACACUCAGAACUUUGAGAAGUUUCCUGAAGUUCAAGACCCUCCCUCAGAAAUGCCAACUGUUGGACCUUGGAGGAAGAUGCUAACAUCAAAAGAUACUAAUUUCAUUGGAUUUACUUUUAAGAAGUCAAACGUCAAAUCACUUGAGAGUACAGGUACAGAUUUGCAUUCAAACACAUCAUCAAAGACUCCAUCUCUAGUUUCCUUGUUGGGUCGAAUAGACUUGCAAGAAACUGUGAUACCAGAAGUUGAACAAAAACAGGAUGCAUGAGUCUUUGUUCUUCUGUUGCCCACAGUUUGGUAUAUGAAGAUGAUAAGGACAUGAAGGUUAUCACUUUUUAAAACAGCAAAGAUAGUUUGCUUCCCUUUUGGAUAAUUAUUAUAUUUCAUUAAAACUGUAAAGCAAAAUAAGCAUCGAGUUCAAUAGGAUCAAUUUUUCUUCUUGACAUCAUGAUUCCCAUUAUUUUCUUUAAACAUUAUUGUAAUCAUUUGGUGAAUUGAUGCAAUUUUGUCGGUUAAAGUUGAUCUAAUGCUUGUUCAUGUUAA